UUCUGACAAUUUCAUUUUCAAAGAUAACAAUUUAGCAGUUAUGUUACAAAUCAUUAAUUUAAAUGAAAAUAGGAUAAAUCCAUAAAUGUAUUAACUGGGAGACUAAGCAAAGGGCUCAGAACAAUAGCAUCAUGCUAGGGAUAUCAAAUGUGCUUUUAAUGGUGAUUUCAUUUGGGUUGGGGGCACAGGCUGUGCUGGAUUGUCCCCCAUGUUCCAAGCAAGAGUUGGCCAAGUGUGUCCCCCAGAGGAAGACCCCUAACUGUGAGCCUGCCACAAGGGGAUGUGGGUGCUGUAAGGACAAAUGUGCCUUGAAACAAGGGGAGACCUGCUCUUAUUUAGGCUUACCAUGUAUGGCAGGUCUGCAGUGCAUGUAUUUCCCCCCAGGCAGCAAGAAGGGGCACUUGGUUGGGGUUCGAGCUGAAGGAAAAUGUAGAUAUCCCAAUGAAAAAGUGAACAGUCACAAAAAGAUUCAUUUACCUAUGUUUGAUAAUUUUGCUGUUUGAUGCUUUAAUAUAAAGACAUUGGAGAUCUUAUUGAAAACAUAGUAAUAGAAGAAUUGAUUUUGACAUUUUAAUGAGAUAUUUUGAUUGUGUUAUAGUACCUCAGAAAUAACAUUGUUUGUUGUUUUACUACAUUCAAGCAUGACGUAUGAUGUAAAAAAGUAAUAAAACAAAUUUAA